CGGCGGCGGCGCUGCAUAGCGAAGUCAAGGAGUCCAGCGCUCGCCGCCAGAGACCCGGGCUUUCCCCAGCCGGAGUCCAGAUCUUAUGUAAAAUGGAUGUUUCUCACACUACAUACUGAACAUUAAGUAGAAAAUCCAUUAGUAAAAUCUAAGUUGCCAUGGAAGAAAUACCAGUAAAAGUUGCUGUAAGAAUUAGACCUCUGCUUUGCAAAGAAGUACUUCAUAAUCAUCAAGUUUGUGUGAGAGUUGUCCCAAAUACCCAGCAAGUUAUCAUUGGAAGAGAUAGAGUUUUUACUUUUGAUUUUGUUUUUGGCAAAAAUUCCUCUCAAGAUGAAGUUUAUAAUACAUGUAUAAAACCCUUAGUAUUGUCAGUUAUUGAGGGCUAUAAUGCAACUGUUUUUGCCUAUGGACAAACUGGAUCUGGAAAGACGUACACCAUUGGAGGAGGCCGUGUUGCUUCAGUUGUAGAUGGUCAAAAGGGUAUCAUUCCUCGAGCUAUCCAAGAAAUAUUUCAAAGCAUCUCUGAACAUCCUAGUAUUGACUUUAAUGUAAAAGUAUCUUAUAUAGAAGUCUACAAGGAAGACCUAAGAGAUCUUCUAGAAUUGGAGACAUCCAUGAAGGAUCUUCACAUCCGAGAAGAUGAAAAAGGAAACACAGUGAUUGUUGGAGCUAAGGAAUUCCAUGUAGAGAAUGCAGAUGAAGUGAUGAGUCUUCUGGAGGUGGGGAAUGCAGCCAGACAUACAAGUACCACCCAAAUGAAUGAGCAUUCCAGCAGAUCACAUGCAAUUUUUACAAUCAGCAUCUGUCAAGUUGAAAAAAAUAUGGCGGCAGCUGAAGAUGGAUCUUGGUAUUCCCGUCGGCAUAUUGUCUCAAAGUUCCACUUUGUGGAUUUGGCUGGAUCAGAAAGAGUAACCAAAACAGGGAAUACUGGUGAACGGUUCAAAGAAUCCAUUCAAAUCAACAGUGGGUUGCUGGCUUUAGGAAAUGUAAUAAGUGCUCUUGGGGACCCACGUCGAAAGAGUUCUCAUAUUCCAUACAGGGAUGCUAAAAUUACCCGGCUUCUGAAAGAUUCCCUGGGAGGCAGUGCUAAGACUGUCAUGAUCACAUGUGUCAGCCCAUCCUCCUCAGAUUUUGAGGAGUCCUUAAAUUCUCUUAAAUAUGCAAACAGAGCACGGAACAUUAGAAACAAACCCACUGUGAAUGUCAGCCCCGAGUCAAACCGUAUGGAUGAAAUGGAAUUUGAGAUUAAAUUGCUUCGAGAAGCUUUGCAAAGCCAGCGGACUAGUGUCAGCCAAACUAGCCAGAUCCACCGAGAGGGGACUCCUGGUAAAAAUAGAAUCCAUUCUCUUGAGGAGCAAGUAGCUCAGCUACAAGGAGAGUGUCUGGGUUAUCAAACUUGUAUAGAAGAAGCCUUUACCUUCCUGGUGGACUUAAAAGAUGCUGUCAGACUAAAUCAAAAACAGCAACACAAGCUGCAGGAGUGGUUUAAUAUGACCCAGGAGACCAGAAAGGAUGUCUUCACAUCAUGGCGAGAAAACCGAAGCAUUGGUAACCAGGACGAAGGACCCCAGCAUAUUACAGUUCUCCAACUGAAGAGAGAGCUUAAGAAAUGCCAGUGUGCUCUUGCUGCUGAUGAGGUAGUAUUUAAUCAGAAGGAACUGGAAAUGAAGGAACUGAAGAGUCAAGUACAAAUGAUGGUACAGGAAAACAAAGGACAUGUGGUAUCUUUGAAGGAAGCACAAAAAGUGAAUAGAUUACAGAACGAAAAAAUAAUAGAACAACAGCUUCUUGUGGAUCAACUGAGUGAAGAACUAACAAAACUUAACCUGUCAAUGACUUCUUCAUCUAAGGAAAAUUGUGGUGAUGGGCCAGAUGCUAGGAUUCCUGAAAAGAGACCAUAUACUGUACCAUUUGAUACUCAUUUGAGUCAUUAUAUUUAUAUUCCAUCCAGACAAGACUCCAGGAAGGUCUAUACAAGUCCUUCUGUGUAUUCUUUGGAUCAAGUAUUUGCUGAAUUUCGAACACGAAGUCAGAUGCUGUUGGAUCACAUAGAAGAACAAGAUGAAGUCCUCCAUUGCCAAUUUUCUGAUAACAGUGAUGAUGAAGAAUUAGAAAGCCAAGAGAAAUCUGGAAUUAGAUGUACAAGUCACUCAUGGACUCGGAAGCCAGGUUCUGUUUGUUCUCUUGUUGAAUUGAAUGAUACUCAGGAUGAAACACAAAAGUCAAAUUUAGUGAACGAAGAUUUAAAGAUUGAAUGUCUCCAGGAGAGUCACGAGUUGAAUUUGCAAAAAUUAAGGAAUUCAGAACGCCUACUUACUGAAGCUAAACAAAAAAUGAGAGAACUUACAAUUAACAUCAAGAUGAAGGAAGAUCUGAUUAAAGAAUUAAUAAAAACAGGUAAUGAUGCCAAAUCUGUAAGCAAACAGUAUUCUCUGAAAGUAACAAAACUAGAGCAUGAUGCAGAGCAGGCGAAAGUGGAACUAACUGAAACACAAAAGCAGCUACAGGAGCUGGAGAACAAAGAUCUUUCUGAUGCUGCUUUGAAGGUAAAAUUACAAAAAGAAUUCCGUAAAAAGAUGGAUGCAGCAAAGUUGAAAGUCCAGGUCUUACAGAAGAAGCAACAAGAUAGUAAGAAAUUGGCAUCACUGUUAAUCCAAAAUGAGAAGCGUGCUAAUGAACUAGAGCAGAAUGUAGAUCACAUGAAAUAUCAAAAGGUACAGCUGCAAAAAAGAUUUCGAGAAGAAAAUGAAAAAAGGAAGCAACUGGAUGCAGAAAUUAAGCGGGAUCAACAAAAAAUCAGAGAACUACAGUUAAAAUCAGAAGAGGUUCUAAAAAUAAAAGCUGAAGAUGUUGAUGCAUUUAACUUGAAAAGGAGAAAAGAUGCAUUUGGAAAUAUAGACCAACUCCAGAAAUUGGACGAGCAAAAGAAAUGGUUAGAUGAAGAAGUAGAGAAAGUUCUGAACCAACGCCAAGAAUUAGAGGAGCUGGAAGAAGACUUAAAGAAACGGGAGGCCUUAGUUUCUAAGAAGGAGGCCCUGUUACAGGAGAAGAGCCACCUGGAAAAUAAGAAGUUGAGAUCUAGUCAGGCCUUAAGCAAAGAUAGUUUGAAAAUAUCAACUCGCCUAAACUUGUUGGACCAAGAGUUGUCUGAAAAGAGCAUGCAGCUCCAGGGCAGCACAGCUGAGGAACAAAUAAAGAUUUCAGAACAAGUUCAAGUCCUCCAGAAAGAAAAGGAUCAACUCCAGAGACGAAGAAACAGUGUGGAUGAAAAACUUAAAAAUGGUGGAGUGUUAUCACCUGAAGAAGAACAUGUUCUUUUACAACUUGAAGAAGGGAUUGACGCUUUGGAAGCUGCAAUUGAAUACAAGAAUGAAAGUAUCCAGAGUCGCCAAAACUCACUUAGAACAUCAUUCCAAAACCUCUCUCAUAGUGAAGCAAAUAUCCUGGAAAAGCUAACUUGCCUGAGUCCUGUUGAGAUUAGAGCUCUUCUUUUCAGAUAUUUUAAUAAGGUGGUUAAUUUGCGAGAAGCUGACCGGAAACAACAGUUACAUAAUGAAGAAAUGAAAAUGAAGGUUCUGGAACGGGAUAAUAUGGUUCAUGAGUUGGAAUCUGCGCUGGAACAUGUGAAAUUGCAGUGUGACCGAAGACUAACCCUCCAACAAAAGGAACAUGAGCAAAAGAUGCAGUUGCUGUUGCAUCAUUUCAAAGAGCAAGAUGGAGAAGGCAUUGUGGAAACUUUGAAAACAUAUGAAUAUAAAAUCCAGCAGUUGGAAAAGGAUCUUUAUUUCUAUAAGAAAACCAGCAGACAUCUUAAGAAGAAACUCAAGGAACUUGUAGGGGAAGCAGUUCGGAGGCAACUAACACCAUCAGAACAUCAUGAUGGUGCAAGUGGAAUCCUAAACCCAGAGGAAGGAGGCAUGCUUUCAGAAGACUUAAAAUGGGCAUCUAGAACUGAAAGUCUGAAAUUAAGUGGAAAAGAAAUAGAAAUAGACAGUUUGGCAAGCAAUUCAAGAAUGCAACCAAAUCAUCAGAAGCUUGGGGAAGAAGUCCCAGAAUUGCCUCCAAUUUGUAGCUCUUUAGCACCCCCCAGUGGGCAUUUGUUAAGCAAUGAAGACAAAACAGAAACAGAUGAAAAUCGGUUUACAAAAUCUUACUGUGGACCAUCAUCCCAAAUUCAGCCUGUGGAAAAUGUGGGACAACGUCAUGGUGCUACACAUGUAAAAUUGUGUCGCAAAGAAUUACGUCAAAUUUCUGCCUUGGAGGUAUCAUUACGACGGUCCAGCCUUGGAGUUGGGGUUGGAUCAAUGACUCCUGAUUCCAUUGAAGUAUCUAGGAAACCAAGUGACUUAAAAACUUAAACAUUUAACAACAGAGAUUUUAAUUUAGUAGAUAUGUAAAAAGAUUUCUUUUUCUAACUUGUUAAAAAUUAAAGUUGAAACUCACUAUCUUUUCCCUCAGGAUAAAGAAGGGGAGGAAGGAUUCCCUAAUCCUUUUAUAAUCUAGAGUUGUGUAUAUCUUCUAUAGUAUAUUUGGGGAGUUUUAAUUUAUAUUUCUAUAAUCAAACAUGUUUUCUAAUAUUUGAUAACAUUUAAAUAUUUCCACUUAUAAAUACACUUAAAAUUUUUCCCAAGCAUAAUUGAAGGACAAAACUAACAGACUAAAAUAUCCAUCAAGUAUAUUGUUAUUUGUAUCAUAGGGAGCGUCAUCUGCUGCAUAUGUUUUGGCAUGGCUGAAAAUCUGUGCCAAAAUGCAGUCUGUGGGCUAAGACAACCCAUCACAUUUAUGGAUUGAGGUUAAUUUACAGUCCUCAGAUCCCACAGAAGUUGAGUGGUCAGUCUCAACUUUUUAAGAAUGCUCUGCUCUGUUUUUGGAAUUUUUUUUUUUACUUAUAAUGUUAUGUUACUAGUUUGUUAAUACUACAGAAUAUAAGUUUUCAUUUCUCCGCCCUGUGGACUCACUGUAUCUCUCAUUAUGCUACUAAAAUUGGAAGAAUGGAUGCAAUUCCACGGAACAGGGGAACAAGAAAAUAAAACUAAUGCAUUGUAGUAUUUCAAGGAAAAGAAUACUAGUUGUGACAUAUCUGGUCACAUGGAGUAUAUCUGUAAAGUCUGAAGUCUGGCCAAAGGUAUCUUUAGCUAAUAAUUUGAUGGCCCUUAAGUCUGAGAUUUUUUUUCUACAACCUCCUCAUUCAGGUUGUGCAAACAAGCAAGCCAAACUGCACUGGGUCUAUAAAUAUAUAAAUGAAAUUUUUGCUAAAAUUUCCCCUUUUUUGGUAGAAAUCUUAUUGUCUAAUGUACAGUUUAGUUCGUAACUAAGAACCAAAUAGUCUUCCCACCAAAUAAUAGUUUGUGCUUUUUCACAAUAUUUUUUAAUCAUAGGAAAACACCCCACCAUAGUGCCCUAAGAUAUUAUUUUGUUACUUACAUUUUGUUAUUUGUGUUACUUUUCUAAACUUCCACUGGUAAACCAAAGUUGAGUUUCUUAAACUAAGUAAUGUUUGGGUGAGAGCAGUAGCAAAAUCACUCUGACUUAUGAAUGCACCCACUUCCUUGCUGAAUUUGUUUUCCCUACCUGAUACUGCCACAGACCUUUUUUUCUUUUGCCCUUUCCUCUGUUGCUGUUGACCUUGACUAUCUCACCUAAGACCCAAAAUAUCAUCCUUGCUCAAAGACUCCAGGCUUCUCUUUUUCUAGUUACUAGCUCUUAGUCUCAUUGGUAAAAACCAGGUCCUAUAGGAAAAAAAAAUACAAACUUCCAAAUAGGUAAACGGGUUUGUUUCUUUUUAAUCUUUUAUGGAUGGUACUAAAGUUCAUUUAAAUUAUGGGUUAAAUAGAUUUCUGUGGACUUAUCUGGGAAUGGAACAAUUUAUAACCUCAGCCCAAUAAGACAUUUUAUGUUUCAAACUAAUUUUUAAAAUAACUUGGAAAUUUUAUUUUAACCAGGGACUAUCUGAAGUCAGAUUCUGGUUUUCAGCUAGUCUUCCUUUUUUUUGCCUUUAGUUUAUAUGGCAUGCAUAGAUGGAUAUACAGAUAUAUAUAUCCAUAUAUGCAAAAGGCCGGUGCCUCCAACAAAAGACAGCAAUUAUACAUUUAUUAACAAAUAUAUAUUAAAAUCCUAACUAUAAAUUUCUUACAAGAUUAAGUAACAUGCUAUGCCUUAAUUAGAAAUAAUUCAUGUAAGAAUGUAUUCUGAUACUGGAAUGUGGAUUGUAUUUCUACUGCUUGCCCAAGAAAUUAACAGAUACUUGUUUUACGUAUAGAAUUAUAGACAUUAUUUCCUGAAAGCCAACUCAUAAAAAAAAAAACAAGAAAAUUUAUAUCAGACCAACAGUGAUAUUAGGUUUGAUAAUUCAAAAGUUGAUCUCUAAAUAAGAAAGGUAUGAUAUUUUUCCUUUUAGUUAAACAUAGAGAUCCUUCAUAUGCUAUGCAAUAUUUUAUGCACACAUGCAAACACAUAUGUAAAUAAUGUCUUGAAUAAUAUAUUCUGGAAGUCAAUCUCUGUUCACUGUAGUCAGUGCUCUCACAAGGGAAAGAUAAAAAUAAGGCACAUUUCCAAGACAAAUAAAAUUAUUCUUUUAUGUAUAUAAUAAUAGAUUUUAUUCUUUUUCAUAUGCUUUCCUUAGUCUAAACAUUGUCAUUGUGUUUACCUUUUUUGCAUAUAUGUAAAAUGUUGUGGUUUUCUUUUUUGUUCCUUGUUUCUUUUUUCUCUACCUAUAACAGAAUAUUCAAAAGGAAAAAUAUUUGCCUCCUUGAAGUAAUAAUUCCUUUCCUAACUCCACAGUAGUGUAGAUAACAGAGAUGGAAAACUAUAUAGUUAUGGGAACCAUAGAUGUGAGAACAUCGAUGAAGGUGGUUUUGUGCUUUACGCUUUGUUCUUUUGUUCAUGUAAUUUUUUGGUCCCUCAAUUCUCCGUAUCUCCAUACUCAGAGUCCAAGGACUCAGCAAAAAUACAUAUAAUCUUCAGUAAUGUGAAUUGUAUUUCUACUAGCCUUGUUUAUAAAGUGAUGAAUGCUUAUGUGAGAAUAGGUGCCUUCUAUGGGAAAAAAAGUCUUAUUUUAAAAUGAAUUAUAAUGGAGUCGGAUCCUUAGUGGGAAUUCAGUUUUGUGGUCAACACAGAUUCUCAUACGUUAAAUACAAGUAUGCCAUGUUUUGACCUUUCAGUUAUUUAGGUACAUAACUUGUGACUUUAAAACAGAGGUGUACCAAUAUCUGAAAGUACAAGUAGAAAGUCACUCACUCAUAUCCAUAUAUUCAUGUAUUUUACAUUUAAAGUUGUAACGGAAGUAGGCUGCAUUCUUUAGUCCUGAUAACAUACUCUUCUUUUACAUUUAUAUUUUCAAAAACUGAAAAUAAAGGUGAGAAUGAGAUUCUUCGGCAAUAAACAUUUAAAGUGCACUGUGUAUGUAUGUAGUAUUUUUGAGCAUAUAUGGGCAGUGGUGUAUCAGGGGUAAAGUAGUGGGAGCCUCUGCCCAAUAAGAAGGAAUAUUUUAUUACUGUCAUUGCUGCUGAUAAAAGCAGACUUACUUUUCAUAGUCUUUAUUGCUUUUAAAUUCUCUACAAAGAACACACUCUUUAUUGCCUGCACCAGGGGAUGACUGCUCCCAUUCCUUGCUCUCAGAAUACAUUAUAUACAAGGCAGAUAAUUGGACUGGUGAUUUUUAUGGUGGGCUUCGUGUUGGACUCCAACAUGACUCCAACAUGGACAUAGGAACAAUUAGAACAAGGGAAAAUUAUAAAAAGAAAUCUCAAAAAUAUUGAUGUUAUAAUGUUGUCUUCUGACAUUUUGCAUAGUUCUCAUUUGUCCAUUUUAUAUUUUUUUGUUCUAGGAAUUUCCACAGUGAGUCAACAGAAUGGCUAUAUUUGAAAUGCUAGCAGUAUAAUUUGAUUGAACCCAGAUAUAUUGCAUUAGACUUAAGUAUUAUGUUGUAGUGGUUAAUUAUAGCCCACAGUUUUAUAUAGUACUAGAUGAGAAAAAUACAACAAUCUCACACAGUUUUAAUAAUAAGCAAGAUCCUGGCAUGCCCAAGGAACAACACAUUCACAACAGAAAAAGAGUAGAAAAUUAUUUAAUUUUUUAAAAAUUUAUACUUAUGAUUUUUGGAAAUAUAAAGCUCCAUUUGUUAGUUAAUAAUUGUGUAAAGUAGACAAAAGGAAUUAUUUGUAAAUUAUAUUUACAUCCUGUGUUAUUGUGUUUUCAAGCUUAUUAUAGUAUAUACAAAAUAAGGUAUAAUUUUUCAAACCCAUAGAAUUUAUUUUUCUGAUUUGAGGUAUCUUAUUUUUUAAAAGACCCACUUCUUGGACCUUGACUCCCAAUUAUACCAUCAACAAAUUAAUAGGCAUGUGCUUUCUUACCCUUCAGUCUUCACAAUGAUCCAGUGUUCCAAUAGCUCUGAGAAGACAGAUGACUGAGACAGGGUUGAGGGGAUAGGAGAGAAAGAGGUUUAUUUGCAAGCAUUCCAUGUCAACAAAGAAUUUGCAAGUAUUUUGAGAGAAUAUAUUUUAUUUCUCUGGCAAGAAAAAUGAAACUUAUUUUCAAUCUUUGGCUAUGUCUAAACCCUAACGAAUACUGCUAGUUUGUACUGAUUGUCAUUUGAAGAUAGACACCUCAGUUUUUAUACUGGUUCAUUUUCCUAUGAUUAUUUAUCAUUCAGGAUUAUAUGAAAAGAAGCCAUCCUAGACAGAAUUCAAAUAGAAAUUGUGAAGCCAUCCAAUAUAGAAUGACAAGAAAAGGUAGUUUUAGCUAAAUUCCAACAACUUAACAAUAUAAACCAAAGAAAGAAGUUAGGACUUAUGAUUCUCACUAGUCAAAAACCAUGAAAGUUAUACCAAAGCAUAAACAUUUGGUUGUAGGCAAAAGUGACAGGAUUUAACUUUAUAAAACAAUACUAUCCCCACUAUCUUAAUUUCUCUCUGUGCUACAAUAUCCUUGAAUUAAUAUCCCUGAAAAAACCUGUGGUUAAAAGACUCAUUCAUGACAAACCAGCAACCACCGGCCUAUCUUAGAGGCUGAAUUAAUAUUUCUCAUUUUUGUUUGUGUCCUGCGUUGCAUUUCACUGUCCUACCCUGUCAGAGAAAAGAAGUAAGGAGUUAUCUGAAUUCAACUUACUCAUAAGUUUGAUAAUUUAUAAGUAUUAGAAUUGUCAAAGUUUUGUUGUUGUCACUUUCUAACAUGAGUGUUUUCUCUAGAUGGAAGAAUGGGAACAGGGCAAGGUAUGUUAUAGUAAGGGCCAAUCUCCUUUUGAAAUCUUAUCACCUGGGGGCAGGGGUUGGGCAUUACCUGAAAUAAUUGAGGCCUGGGCCUAAACCUGUCUGUUUCACUAGACAUUUUCAUGGCUAUCUGCAGGUGUCACCAGCUGUAAGACAUGACUAGAAUGACCCAGGUUAUUAAAGGAAUAUAUUAAAUGACAUUUUCUAAAACACCAGCCUUUUCUUUUUUCUUUUCCAAAACAGAGUGUCAGUAUGUCACCCUCAGUAGAGCACUGUGGCAUCAAAGCUCACAGCAACCUCCAACUCUUGGGCUUAAGCAAUUCUUUUGCCUCAGCCUCCUAAGUAGCUGGGACUACAAGGUGCCUGCCACAAUGCCUGGCUCUUUUAUUUUUGGUUGCAGUUGUCAUUGUUUAGCAGGACCAGGCUGGGCUUGUACCCACCAGCUUUGGUGUAUGUGGCUGGUGCCCUACUCACUGAGUUACGGGUGCCAAACCUUUUUUUUUUUUUUUUGAGACAGAGUCUCACUUUGAUGCUUGGUAGAGUGCCAUGGUGUCAUAGCUCACACCAACUCCCAACUCUUGGGCUCAAGUGAUUUGCUUGCCUCAGCCUCCUAAGUAGCUGGGACUACAGGUGCCCACCACAAUGCCCGGUUAUUUUUAGAGACAGGGUAGUCUCAAACGUGAGCUUAGGGCAAUCCAUCUGCCUCAGCCUCCUAGAGUGCUAGGAUUACAAGCGUGAGCCACCAUGCCUGGCCCACACUUUUUUUUUUUUUAAAGCUAU